AUGGAGGCCAUCUGGCUCCAGAGCACUGGGCUCCUGGCUGUCACCUCUCCAGGGUUGGAAGGGGCUCAGGCUGGGGACACAAGAAGGCUGAUUUCGUGGUACUGUGGUGGAGCAGCCCUUCGCUUCCCACUGGACGUUUCUUUCUCCUGGGGAGUUUGGGAGUUCCUGGUUACACCAUGCCCAGCUCCAAUCUCUGAAGGGCAUGCAAGUGGGGACAAAGCAAGCGGAGCUCAGGGUUCUAAUACCAAGAACCAAGCUUCAGGGCAGGCGCUCCAUUUCUGUGUGAUCGAGAGGAUCCUGGUUGGUAACAGGGGACUCUGGGAGUUCGGGGAGAGCAGGAGGGGCCUCUUCACCUCUUCGGCUCAGAGACAAACGUGCAACUCCCUGCUGUCUGCAGGGGUCACUGCAAACCAGCAAAACCACCCUGCUGCGGCUGAAUGCGGAAUUCUGGACCAAGGAGGGGAAAGAGAAGAAAAGCCCAGGAUCCUCUCCAUUCCCUGCCCUCACUGGAAACACUGA